AUGCUUGCGGGCGUCGCUCGCUCUAGGGCAGAAUGGUGUGGCAGAGGCUUCGCCUUUCACACCAUCCUCGCCUCUGUGCUCAUGCCCUGUGUGAUAGCGCACGGUGAUCAUGGACACGGCGGCUUCAAGCCGUCCGACCCUUCCCUCCCAAUCGAUACGAUGCUAUGGAUGCACAUGUUUCUGCAAGGUGCUGUCUGGCUGGGACUCUUCCCUUGUGAGUCGCGCCGGCCGUCUUGAAUUCUAAGCUUCGCUCACUUCAUCGCCUCCACAAACUGCCUGGUAGUGGCCAUGGUACUCGGGUUGACAAGGUCAAGGUGGCACGUGCCAGUCUCCAUUACUUCACUAGUGUUGACAAGCGGCGGCUACAUACUGGGCCGGCAACCUCGCGGCAAGACUUCCCGGGGCUUUCCUCACACAGCGCACGGCACCUUCGCAUCGUUCUUGAUCUGGUACAUGCUUCUUCAAGCUCUGAUGGGUACAUAUCUCAAAUUGCACCUUCGCUUCGGUGAGAAGCGAAUCAGGCCCGUUGUUGUCCGCAUACAUGGGGCCUUUGGCACAGGCUUCACCAUCAUCGGUUUUGUACAGUCCGUCCUUGGCGUCAUCACGCUUCGCAAUUGGUGCUUCGGAGGACACUUGGGCCAGUGUCUGGCACACGGAAUCAUGGGAGGAGCAUUCAUCGGCUACGGAGUCCUCUUCCUCAUCUUCCUCAAAGCUGGAGCUCUGUGGCUGCGCAGACGAAGAAUAUCUCAGGAGUUCCUAGACAGCUGCGUAAUCACCGCUUGGGGUCUCGUCAACGCUUUCACGGAGCACCACGGCGGACCGUGGACCCACAAAGACUUGCAGCAUACUCUGCUCGGUGUUGUAUGGUUCGCAGCAGGGGCGGCGGGCAUGUGGACCAGUAGAAAUGGCAAGAGAAGUGUGCUACCUGCUGUAGUCAUCAUUCUGACAGGAUGGGCAAUGAGCGGCCAUGCCCAAGCCUUGGUGGGUCCUGCGCUCGAGGCUACGCGUAUGCUUGGUCGCUCCAGUAGCUCAUGUUUAUCGCCCUUUUGUUCUCGCAGAUGCUGUCGACCAUGGUGCACGCCCUGUUUGGUUGGACGCUCAUGGCAGCAGGCCUCGCGCGUAUCAUCGAAGUCUGCUUCGUGCUCCGAGACCUACCUAGUGGAGGCGUAGGUGCAACAGGCUCGGGUGGGACGAGAGGCUCAGACGCCAGCGAAGCCGCUGAGGAGCAAGAGCAACAACAGCUCAUCGCUCUCGGACAUCCACCGGGACAAUCAGGCUGGUUCGAGAUCAAGGCGUGGCAAUACUUGUGAGCAUCAUGAAAAUCGGCAGCCUCUUGUAGCGCCGUGUUGAAGUAGUUCAUGUUUCGCUCUCAGGCCAAUCUACCUCCUCAUGUCCGCGGGAGUCCUCUUCAUGUCAGCCACGGAUGAGGAGCUGCAUUGGGCAAACGACCAGGGCGUGGACCACAUCACGUGGGGACUGAUCGAGUUAGUUGAGCAAGCUCCACCUGAGAGUGCCCAGGUCAUUCAGACGUCCUGACGCCCCCACCCUGCUCUCACAGCUUCUCGAUCGCUAGCAUCUUCUUCCUUUGGGCAAACGUGCUGGUGGACCUGUACACUUCUUCCGGCGGUAAGAGAGGCAUGGCACGCCGUCAUGCUUUGGAGAGCACAUCACGAACCAACUCCAGUGGCGGGCAUAUUGAAUUAGCUUCCGGCAGGGGCUACGAAAGACUGGCCCGAUCAAGCGUGUCUGAUGCUCGUCAAAGUCGCCUCGCACGCGGAGAGCAAGGCACGAGCGAAAGCACGUCGAGACGCUCGGAAGACAGCGCAAGCUUGGAAAUGGGCCACGUGGGCAACAACCGCAUCCAACGCACCGCAAAUGAGAAGUCGAAUAGAUUCAAAGCGGCAGACGCUGGUGUUUCCUCCGUCUCAUCUGCAUCGGACGACCAACCUCAGCACGUUCUCUUCGACCAAGAGGCUGGCGAUGAGGACGCUGAUCCCUUCGACGACGAGCACGUUCAUCACAGGUAG